CAGGAUUUUGGAAUAGGGAGUCUACAUCAUUGUUCACUCUCCAUAUGAUCCUACCUCCUUGCUUGGUGCCUUAUUCUUUUGAUUAACGUUGUGGAAUCCUUUGCAAAUAUGGUGGACCCAUCAGAAAAGAACCAACAAGGAGUAUAGAUAAAACCUGAAUCGGAAUGAACUCGUGGGGGAAUCUCACGCAUCUGUCCAUGAUACUAGACAGAGCUGAGUGUGGCCAAGUCGAUAUCCUUGGUGUGACAUCGAAACGUCAUCGGUGGUCAUUGGUGGAUGUCUUCACAAACUGCUUUUGAUGACAGCACCAAUUGCACCACCUGUACACAUUCUAUAUGAAGUCACCUCGUCUUAACUCCUUGUAUUUGCUGCGCUUGUGAAACAGGGUAUUGUUAUCAUCUUUUUGUGUGUGUGUAUCAAUGGGAUCACGUACCCGAAUCCUUACACCGACGCUGACGGGACAGUUCUUAGAUUAUUUAUAUUUUGUUGAGAGGCCUACUAAAUAACAUCACUUUAAUUGAGCUGAGUGUACGGUAACACCCAUAAAACUCGAGACUGGAAAUUUGUGGAAGAAUAUUAUCAUUCCUGAUCUUACUGGUGGAGUUUGGAACAAAAUUUGGAUAGAAUAUCAACAAGAAACUAGUUUCUGUGGACAAUGAAUAUGACAGCGUUAAAAAGAGGAUGCGUGUUUUCUGUAUUACUUGUUAUAUGUGUCAUCGGAGGGUCAUCUGCAAGACGGAAACAAAAACAGACCAGACCAAGCCCAGCAAGAAUUGAUGAGCCAUCAGAUUCAUGCCAAAUUACAUGCGAUAGAAAUGAGCAUGUGAACACGUCUUUAUGCAGGUGUGAAUGUGACGAGGGGUACAGACGUUCCAGAUAUCAAAGAUGCGAAGAUAUUAAUGAGUGCAGAGAGCACCCUCGACGUUGCAAAGGAACAUGUACCAAUAAUCCUGGUUCUUUUGAAUGUAGAUGUCGCCAUGGAUACGUUCUUCAUACUAACGGCUGGGAUUGUUAUUUAGCUCCAAAACCAUUAUUAUGUUCAGGUUUGGCUUGCUAUGAUAACUCCAGACUAGAUAUCAAUAGAUGCGAAUGUAGCUGCGGCCAUGGAAUGAGGUAUAAUUUCAUCACAGAAAUUUGCGAAGAUAUCAAUGAGUGUGCUGAGGGUCUGAAUAGCUGUGAGCAAGGUUGUAUCAACACCCAUAGGAGUUAUAUAUGUUACUGUCACGCGGAUUAUCUCAUUAACCAAGAUAAUAGAACAUGCUCUCGACUCCCUGCUAAACCAGAAUCGCUCCCUUGUGAUGGAAUGCAAUGUUUGUUUGGAAUAUCGCUCGAUAGAUAUCACUGUGAAUGCAUAUGUGAAGAAGGUUUUUACUACCAUGAACGCCGAGGAACUUGUGAGGAUAUAGAUGAAUGCCUAGAAUACGAUGAUUGGUGCGAUGGUCCAUGUGUUAACGAACCCCAUGGCUCCUACACAUGUUCGUGUCCUAGUGGUCAGGACCUUGAUAAAGAUGGAUGGACCUGCAAGGAUAUAGAACCGCCUCCUAAAGGAGCCAUCUUGGAUGACUGUACGGAUCAACAUUUCAUGUGCAAGAGCAGAAUGCAAUGUAUGCCAGACGAACUGGUGUGCGAUGGAUAUGGCGAUUGCGGUGACCGCUCCGAUGAGAAAGACUGCAAACAAUCGUGCAAUUCUCAGGAUUUUCCAUGUGCCAAUGGAGAAAAAUGCAUCCACAGAGAUUCAGCCUGUGAUUCAACUAACGACUGCGGUGAUUGGUCAGACGAGCUAGAGUGUGGAUGUCGAGAUGAGAGGGAUGAAUGCAGUGCUUGGCAGUUCCGAGGAGAAUGUGAAAGCAACCCUGGUUGGAUGAACUGGCAUUGUCGUAUGAGCUGUGGACAAUGUACAGAGGGGGAUGGAACCCCUAAUGGAACACUAUCAGAGGAAACAGAGACUGGAGCUUACUUUAUCAGAAAUUCAGCACAAUAUUCUACGUAUCUUCAGUAUACGAGACGUAAUAAGGGCGAUCGACAUGGUUCUGCACUCAACUCAUGGCGAUGUGAUCAUGUAGGUCCAGUGCCUGCACAUGUAAGGGUCAACAUGGGUCUAAGUCCCUUCUAUCAGAAGUACACGAACGCUUACGCAAUCCCAAUAGUGGCGUCAUCACGUGUGUCUGACGCUGCAAUCAAACGUGCAUGUUACGUCGUACGCGUCAUGUUGGCAGAUCGGAGAGACCUCAGGCAAGAGAUGUAUAAGAAAUUCAUGCGUGUCGCCAUCUUAGCAGAGAAUGAACUCACCAUUCAUUUGCCUGAACACUCGCAUCUCGAUGAAAGUUAUAACGAUCGUAUUCGAUCAUUAGGAGGUACAUUAUAUAUCCCCCUUGCGUCAGCUGCUGAGGAGAAUCUAUUGUGUCGUGACAGUGACCGGUGGUUUGAUGAGGAUACAUUUGUUCAUUCACUUGCACAUAGCAUCUUAAAGAUAGGUCUUGCGUCAGACAGGGUGUUUAGUCGUAAGCUUGGCGCAGCCUACUACCAUGCACGACGGGAACAUCUCUGGGCUAAUUCACGCUCUGACGACUCUAUGGAUGAGUACUUUGCCGACGGAGUUCAGAGUUACUUCAAUGUGUUAGCACCGUAUAGAUAUGGAGUUCAUACAGGAGUAGACAGGAGAGAGAAAUUAGCUAGAUAUGAUCACGCCCUCUAUAAGGUCAUGUUAGAAGUCUUCCCAUGUCAAAAUAAGAUGAUAGAUCGCUGUAGUUUUAAUCCAGAAUCUUUAUCUGAGAUGGACCAAUUAUUUGUGAAUUGCCAGAUAGAUGAACCAGAAGAACCAGAAGUGACAGACACACCUACCACAGCGGCACCACAAUCUCAGUGUGUAGAUAAAAAUGAAGAUUGUGCAGCUUGGGCGGAGAGGGGUGAGUGUACUGCAAACAAGCGGUACAUGAAGAAGAAUUGUCGGUUGAGCUGUGGAGUGUGCACCCGACCAGAACCUGAACCUGAGGUAGACGUGGUUCCACAAGAACCAGAUCCUCCUACUCAUCCCAUAGAUGUACCACAUAGAGUAUGUGAAGAUCAAGAGGGUCAUUGUCAAGACUGGGCUAGACGAGGAGAAUGUGAGAUUAACCCAACAUGGAUGAGACCAAACUGUAGAAGAUCAUGUAACGCGUGUGAUGAUGAUCCUAAUUGUUAUGACAGUAGCAACAACUGUGCUGAAUGGGCGUCUGACGGAGAAUGCGGUAAAAAUGAAAGUUAUAUGACAACCCACUGCAGAAUGAGCUGUGGUUUAUGCUGAGCAGCUAACUACAUUCCGGAAAGUACUUCUAAAUCAUGGAAAGGGAAUGUUCAUUUCACAUUAUUUAGGGACUAACACGACGGUUACUCAGGAGGACAGUGGGGAGUUCAACGAAGCACGAUGAAUUCUACAACACAGAAAAUCUAUUGCCAAAUACCCUUCUUGACAAUGAUAAACCAAGAAAUCUUUGUCGAAAAAUGAUGAAUCAAUGCAGC